AUGCCAGCAUUGGCAGGAAUUGGUUUUGGGGUCGACAUUGCUGGAGAGGAAUGUCGAGUGUUUUUGAGAUGUUUUGAGAUGAUACGGAAGGGAGUACGAGGUAGAUAUCGCUGGCGAGACGAAUGGCUACAUCGAAUCGAUCCGCAUUCCGAUGAGAAAAAGGUCAGGUAUGGUGGUGGUGACCAUGAGAUAUUGGUCGGAUAUGGUGUUAGUAUCCCCAAAGACGUCGUUGGUGGCGAGCGUCAGAUGGAGUUGAUACUGAGAGAGUUUGGAGUUGAUUGUGUUGGCAACGAAUAUCAAUGUCGAAAGAAUGGUGACCUUGAGAGAGAGGUCGGAUAUGGUGGUAUUGACCAUGAGGGAGAGGUCAAGUAUGGUGUCAGUGCACCCAAAGACGUCGCUGGCAACGAACAUCAAAUGGAUUUGGUACUGAGAGAGGUCAGCACCGUGAAGAAGUUGGUGCGUGGUGAAAUAAUCCCAAUCGAAAUCGCUGGCGACGAAUCUCCAAGGAAAGGAUUAUACCGCGAAGAAGUUAGAUGCGGUGGUAAAGUUCCUGCUAGACAUCGCUGGCGAUGA